CUGAUUCAUAGUAAACACAGGCGAUGCCGACCGCCUCGUUCUGCUCUCGGGGGGAGAAGCGCUGGACCAGUUAGACGCAGUUGCGUGAAAAAUGACACGUGUUUUUGUGUUUCUUAUGUUCUGCUUGCUCCUGGCAUCCCUGCGCCAUACACUCGGGGCGGAAGUCUCUCUGUGGAAUAUAGGAAUCGACCUUAAUUCGCCCAAUGGGGAUGCUGUUUUUCGUAAGACUUUGUAUUCCAACACUACCAUCUACAUGAAAUUUCAGGGAGAUUUGGCAGCAUGCGACCAUAAAAAUGUGUCUUUUAAUGUUAGUUGGUAUCUUCGUUCAUCUAUCUGUUACAAUGAAGUAUUCAGCACCCCUGACAAUGAAGCCAUGGCCAUGUUUGGUUGGGAUCAUCAGCUAAAGCAAGACUGGAGUGGAUUCUAUAGCCAAGGCUACAUAUACUUCAACAACUGUCACGCUCUCUUCACCCCUACGACUUACUAUAAAGAAUUCCAGCCAUUUCUGUCUCUCAGUCCCCAAGAGGGAAGGAGUGUAAACCAAACCAAACAUAUCUGGGAGGAUAAACCGGAUAUGUAUGCAGUUGCCAAGUCAUGGUCAGACAGUCCCUAUAUGUUUAUUUUGAGGUUCCAAACACAGCAUCAUUCAGAGGCCAGUAAAGGUCACAGAGACACAGGGGAUGGGGAUGCAAGCAGCAAUUCAAAGGACAAUUUAUCAAUUACAAUAAAAAUGAAUGGCCCUCAUGACUACUCCUCACCUACUGACUGGCCUUUAAUGAUGUUCUUCAUGACUAUGUGCAUCGUGUAUGUACUGUUCGGAGCUCUGUGGCUUCUAUGGCUAGCCUGUUAUUGGCGUGACUUGCUAAGGAUCCAGUUUUGGAUUGGUGCUGUAAUUGUCCUGGGCAUGCUGGAGAAGGCGGUGUUUUACUCCGAGUACCAAAGCAUCAGAUACUAUGGAACUUACAAUCAAAGUGCUGUUAUCUUUGCUGAACUUCUGUCCGCACUGAAAAGAUCUCUAGCUCGGAUCCUCUUGAUCAUUGUCAGUCUGGGUUAUGGCAUCGUAAAACCCAGAUUAGGGACUACGGUAUCCAGGCUGGUGGCUGUAGGGCUGCUUUAUCUGAUCUUCUCCUCUGUGGAGGGUGUCCUCAGGGUUACCGGGGGUUUCUAUGGCACAGUGGCCCUUAUUGCCAAUCUCAGUCUAUCUCUAACAGAUUCCUGUGUCAUAUGGUGGAUUUUUAUCAGUCUGUUUCGAACGACUCAGCUCCUGAAGAUGCGCAGAAACGUUGUGAAGCUCUCAUUAUAUCGCCACUUCACCAACACACUCGUCUUCUGCGUGCUCGCUUCAAUCAUAUUCAUCAUAUGGACAACCAGACAAUUCAAGUUUGUGGACUGUCAGUUAGGCUGGAGAGACAUGUGGGUGGAUGAUGCAUUUUGGAGGUUGCUUUUCUCCACCAUCUUGCUGGUCAUCAUGGUGCUUCUACGACCCUCUGUCAAUAGUCAAAGAUUUUCUCAUUCUCCAUUAAUUGAUGAGGAUGAUGAUGAAGAGGCAAAGGAGCCAAUGCUCAAUGAAGGUUUUGAGGGAAUGAAAAUGAGAGGAGCAAAGUCUGAGGCAAACGCCAGUCAGAAGCCCUUAAACAAAGAGAGCUUCGAGGAUGAAGACCUGAAGUGGGUUGAAGAGAACAUUCCUGCAAGUGUAGUCGAUGUAGCUUUGCCUGCAGUAUUGAAUGACGAAGAGGAAUUUCUCAAAACCAAGAUGGAGAGGUCCAAAAUGGAAUAAGACAAUCGCAUGAAUGAUAUUUCAUCAGUGUAGCUAAGGACUUUUUCAAUAAUGUAAAAUGUGGUUUAUUAAGACACAGGACUGGAAGGAAAUAUUUAUACUUUGUUUGUUUGGGCAUAAAACAUGGAAAUGGGUCUCGGGUUAGCUGCCGAAUGCCAAAAAUAAAGGUUCUUUAAAAGGUUCUAAAAUAUGGCAUUUACCAAUAUAAGCUAUGAGUACAACAGUUAUGUCAUCUGUUGAUAAAAUAAGAAUCUAUGAAACUGUGCUCAUAGUAAAAUAUUUUGCUCCUCUUUUUGCACUCAGGCUUUUAAUUUGAUCCUGUAAAACUUUACUUUGAUAUAUAAUGUAAUACUGAAUAAAGUUUGCUGUUAGUUCCA